AUGAACGAGACAUGUUACCGAAAAAAUGUUGAGAAGAGUAAGAUUAUCCAGGAAAAGGCGAAGUGCGAAGAGAGAAACAAAGUAAACAGGAAGGAAAAGCGAAGCGGUAUUCACAGGCUUGGAAUUUUCGACGCCAUAAGUUGCCAGCGUCUGUGGUUACACAAGUCAAAGCCUCCUCACAGAAUUGCCGUCGUCGGCUUUUCGUUUCUUUUUUCUCCACUUUUUCUAGAGAUGGAUUUCCUAAAGACUUUGAGGGAUGAAAUGGAGCGGAAGCGGAAGAUGAUAGCCGAAUUUGAAGUGAAGGCGGGGGGAAAGAAAUACAUCAGAGGAGCUGAUAUCGCAGCUGCACACGAAGAAGAGUAUAGAGAGAAAUAUAAGCAAAAGCAUGCUAAGGAUGAAUUGAUUGAGGAAGGCACUAGCUCAACUAGCUCCACUGGAACUGGUGAAACACACAUUGAGGAUACAGUUACUGAAGAAAUUACAAUGUCUGAAGUGCGCAAACGUCUCAGGGAUAGAGGACAGCCGAUAUGCUUGUUCGGAGAAGAUGAGCAACACAUCCGCGCUCGUUUACUCAAAUUGGAAAUUGAACAGCCAGAUAUGAAGGAAGGUUGGAAGAAUGAAUUGCAAUCGGCCAUGCGUGAUGUGGACGAAGAGCUUGUCAAGGAAGUGAUAGAAGGCUCAUCUGACGACAAAAAUAGACAUGAUGUCGAUCUCUCUUCUUCCUUCAACGAUAAUUGGGAGGAAAUUGAAAAACAGGCUACUCUGUUGGGUAUAGGAAAUGAUCCUCACAGAGACUGUGACAUAAUCCUGUCAUUCCUCAAAUACCUCAUUACUCGUUGGGGAAAGGAAUUGAAUAGGCGAGAUGAUGAAGAGAAAAAGAGUCCCGCAGGUAAGCUGCAGGCUAGUAUACACAAACAAACCGUCAUGAACUUGAAACCUUUGCUAAAUUCUUUGGAAACUCAUACUUGUAAUAACGACAUUCGCCAUCACUUGAUAAAUAUAUGCAGAUUGUUGGUCAUAGAUCGAAACUAUAUUUUGGCUAAUAACGCCUAUAUGACCAUGGCUAUAGGCAAUGCACCGUGGCCUGUGGGUAUGGCAGAAGCGGAGGUGGAAGAUAGUGAGAUGGCUGAAAUGGAACCACAAGAAGAGGCGAUGGAGGACUUGGACGAGAAGAUUACGGAACUACGAAAGAAGCUCACCAAAGAUCCCGACGAUAAGAAAUUGAUAGAAGAGCUGAUUUCUUUGCUUCGAAAAAACGGCGACCUUGAUGAAGCUGCAGAAGCCAGAGAAAAAUUAGCGUCUCAAGGUCCGCUGUCGAGCAAAUUGUGGGUGGAGUGGAUUCAAGACGAGCGCUCUGCUGGAGCGGAGCGUGAGCGAAUGGAGAAGUUGUUUGAGAGGGCAGUUUUCGACGAUAAUUCGUUAGAAAUUUGGAUGGAAUUGGUUCAGUGGGCCUGCGGGAUUGAUCCUGGAUUUGCAAGAGAGAAGUUCGAAGAAGCCGUGACAGCAAUUGGCCUUCGUGUUGAUGUCGGCGCUAUGAUAUGGCAAUCGUAUUUAUGCUUUGAAGAGGCUCUGCUUGGUGGUGAUGAAACAAAUGAGAAGCAAAUAAAAGUAAUCAAGAAUUUGUACAAAAGAGCUCUCCGUGUUCCAAAUGUGGAUCUAGCCGACACAUGGAAAAGUUACUUGGAGUUCGCAGGGGAGAAUAUUGAUGAAGAGAUACAAGCAGCGCAUGAGGCGUCAACCAAUUUGAUGAAGGAAUUUUCGAAGUACGAAAUGAAGUUGGCUGAAACCGAUGACAGUCUUGAUGCCUUUCAUGAGUAUCUGAACUUCGAAAAAGAAAAGGACGAUCCAGCAAGAAUACAAUCGUUCUACGAUCGCAUGUUAGACAAACAUCCCGAUGAUGAGAACAUAUGGUUUGACUAUGGACAAUGGUGUGAAACAAAGCUGAAAAUUCACUCAAUUACUUGCCGUGUCUAUAAACGAGCAGUACGCCAUUGUCCGUACAGCUGUGCGCUUUGGCAGCAAACUCUUCUUGCUCUCGAGCGCGCCGGUUCGCCUGUGGAAGAAAUUGAUGGUAUGUGGAUUAGUGCUCGAGAGACAAUCAGCACGCCAGAUGAUGGAAGAGCUUUGUACAGAACAUACCUUUAUAUGUUGCGUCGCCGUGCCGAUGCCACUGAUAAAGAUUUUCAGAAAAUGGCGCUUGUCUUCGAAGAUGGUGCUAAGUCUCUAUCUGAGUGGUUUGGAGCUCACGAAUGGGACCAACAAGCUACUUACCGUAAAAACUGGGCUUAUUUUGCUUACACCAAGCUCGGUGAUGCCAAAAAGGGUCGUCAAAUUUGGGAUGAUAUUUUGGCUUCCGGUGGAGGACGUUUUGCCGAAAAAUGGAUCGAGGCGGUGAAAUUCGAGAGACAAUUUGGAACGGCUGAAGGAGCAAGAAAGUUGCUUUAUAAGGCGUUGAAUUCUGUCUCGGAUCAUCCUACUGUCGUAUUCGAGUAUUUCAUCCAGUUUGAGCGUGAGGAGGGGACCUUGGAACAGCUUGACAAAGCGCUUGAAAAGGUAAAUGCGCAAGCUGCACACCGUGCCACUCGGCAGCAAGCGCAAAAGCAGAAAGAUGACUCACCAGCGAAAAAGGACCAUGUCAAAGAAAAACGAGGUACCGCCAAAGGAGGAGAUGCCAAGCCUCCUCUCCGUAAGAGACCCGGACAGGACCCGGAUGAAACCCCACCAGCCAAGAAACAGGUAACGCAUGCGUCCGCCGAGGGACCGGCUCCUGUGCAGCGUACACCUUCUAAAGAUAAAGAUGGAUUCAUAAUGCCCAUGUUACCAGUCAAAAAGGCGGCCACACCAUCCUCUUCGGAUGCUAAUUCUGCUGAUCAACCUGCUGAAUCGUCGGCCACCACAGGAGAUGAGAAGAAAUUUACAGUAUUUAUUUCGAAUCUCGACUUUAAGACGACUGCAGAAGAAGUCAAAGAGGCUUUGGAAGGAGUCGUUGAAGUGCGGUUAGUUCAUCGCGGAAUGAGCAAGCUUACUAAAGGUUACGGUUUUGUUGAUUUGGACUCUGAAGAAAAUUACCGUAAAGCACUUGCCAAUGAUCGAAUGCCUCUUAAAGGAAGGCCCAUGCUGAUCUCUGUAAGUAAUCCUGAAAAGCGAGUCGGUUUCAAGUACGCUACUGGCCUUGAGAAGACAAAGUUGUUCGUGAGAAAUGUUCAUUACGAUUGUACAGAGGAACAAUUGAAGGAAGCGUUCUCUGCGUUUGGAGCUGUAAAAGCUGUUCGAAUCGUUAUUCAUCCAUCUGGAAAACCGAAAGGAGUUGCUUAUGUUGAAUUUGAAGGAGAGGAUGAUGCACGAAAAGCACUUGAAGCUCCAGAAAUAAUACUUCUUGAGCGCAAAUUACAUGUGGCAUUGUCCAAUCCACCUAAAAAACAGGAAAAGACAGAAGCAUCUACAUCGCAUCCCGUAUCGACUUCUUCCACUGACAGAAAAGCAGCUCUUUCACUGGUGCCGAGAGGUGUGAAAACCGCGUCAUCUAGAGCUAAUGGAGUGAAUGGAGGUCCUAAACAGCCCAUGAGCAACGAUGAGUUCAGAAAAAUGUUAGGUAACUAGUAGAUGUUAAGAGUCGCUGUUGUUUUGUUUUAUUCUUCAAACCGGUAAAUCUAUGUGUUGUAUCUAUGUUGUCAUACAGUUUUAUUAUUGUUGUUGUCCUGACAGAUGAUCUUCAUUUUCUUUCUUGUUUUUUUCUUUGCAAGCUAUGUGAUAAAGGGUUGUUG